AGCGAUUACUACAAGGAGAGGUAUUAGGCCGGGAGGAAUAAAUAUUCAAGUGGUUGAUCUUUUUUCUUGUUGGCUUGGGGUUGACAUUGAUAUUGAUAUUGAUAUUGGUGUUCCCGUCUCCCGUCCGAAGAAUCACCAUCGGUGUGAAUCGUGCUUUCUCCUGUGCAACAACCAUUCAAAAAAUACCUGCACGAAACAGUGAAAGCAACGAGUGCUUCUUUCUCUCUGGACAAAGGACCCAAUCGCUCCAUUAGACUGCGCGGUUCUUGUUCCAACAAAUGUAAUGUUGCGGAUACAUGUAGUAUCAGAACGAUUUGGAUCCCUCCGCCAAUCCCACGAGCAUGCAUUGUUCGUAGUUCGUGAAUCGGAACCGGUCCCCCGAACCGAACCGACGAUUCCUUCCCGGAGAGCAUAGCCUUCACGCGGUUUUGUGGUGCAGAGUCGCUGCCAAACGAAAGCAAGCGACCGGAGUCGUCCGAUGUUUGUGUUGCGCCGAACAGGCCACAGCUCGUCCGAUCCCUUGCCUACCGCCCGCUGUUGCGGUUCAUUUGCCUCGCAAUGGCGUCCACGUCCUCCAGGAGUUUUUUCGCCGCUUCCGUGGUCUGGUCCGAGUCGUCCAGCUCGAUGGCCCGCAACAGGCACGACCGGGCCUCCUCCAGGCACUCUCUCCCGAGCACCGGAUCGGCCGCCCCGGCGGUCGACCCCUUCCGCAGGGCGAUGAGCGCCAGGUUGACAAAGGCGGUCCCGAUGGGCCGCUGCUCGAGCGCCAGCCUAAAGUGUCGCUCCGCCAGGUCCUGCGUGCUUGCGUCCCGAAAGUAGACGGCGCCGAUGUUCACGUGGACCUCCGCAAACAUCUCCGGCGAGACCCCGCAGCCCUCGGCGGCCUUGACAAAAAACUGGUAUUCCUUGAGGGCGCCGGAAAGGUCGCCCGACCGCUGGAGGACGAGGCCCCGCUGGAAGAUGACCGAGAGGGGCUCCUCGUUUUCAAGCACCGGGUCUCCCCCGUUGCCGUUGCCGUUGCUUCCCAGGAGGACGUGGUUCUGCGCACCGUGGCGAACGCCGGGGGUUCCAAACCGCACCGGUCCCCCGCCGGCCUUCGGCGGUGCCAGCCAGGCGGCGGCGAAACCGCCCGACGAGAGCAGGCAGCACGCCCCCCGCAAGAUCGUGGUGGAGCAACGCAUGGUGGUAUAGUAGAACAGAAUGGUGCUGUUGCGUGUUUGCGGUGGUGGGCGGAGCACUCGGUAGGCGAGAGGCGACGACGGGAGUCCAAGGUGGUGCACUACAGUAAAUGGAUGACGGAGCGGAUUCGCACAAUUAUUGAUUCGUAGCGGAGACAAGAGAAGCUAGCUACAAAGGGGAACACUCCUGGUGAUGAUUGUUUGUUGAUGAUCCGAGAUUUCGAAAAUGUUGUACACAAGUGAUGGGUGAGAACUGGAAGACCAAUUCGAAAAGGGUUUGGUUGGACGUCAGCCCGUCGUCAGUUUGACAUUGAUUGGUAUCUCUCUCCAACGGCACCGAGGGAGCAGUCAUACGGCAGGAUUACCCAGGUAUUGUACGUACGGACAGUACUUGUAACUCGUACGUCCUAUUCGACUAAGUGGUUGUAUGGUUCAAUUAUGUACUUAACCACGUGUCGCCUCAAGGCAGCAUUGGUACAUUUAAUUUACCAUACAUAGAGUAUUGGUACAAUAAAGUCCAGUUGGUACAAUAAAGUCCAGUAGAGAUAGGGUUAUCUGGUACCGUAUGUAGAUUGAAAAUCAAUAUCAGCAGGUCUACCCCCGGAUAAGAAACAAAUAUUUACCUG